AUGGAUGAUUUAAGAAAACAAUCACGAUACUCCAUUUCUCAAUUUAUUAAACAAAAAGGAUGGAUUAAUGAAACUUUAUUGAGAGAACAAGUCGAGGCCGAAGAGGAUGAAGAAGAAAUUUUCGAAUUUGUGGGAAAUCAAACCUACUUUGAUCAAUUCAAACGAAAAGCCAAACUUCCAAAUGAAACCAUUGAAUUAGAACCUUUCAUUUCAGAAUCCAUUCCGUUGUAUUUCAGUUAUAAGGAAUUUUACUUUCCUCUCAAAGAUGCUCCAGUGGUUUUUAAACAAACUCAUCAUGUUGCUUCCUUAUUGAGAGAGAGUUAUUAUCGUUUAUUGAAAAUUUAUCAUGGAGAUGAGAAACGAGUACGUGACAAGAGUUUCAUCUUGUUAUUGGAAGAUGAUUUUCCAGUGUGUGAAAAUCACAUGAAAAAAUUAAUUCAAUUACUUCAAAUUUCACAAAUUCAAUAUCCUGAAAAUUUAUGUGGAAUAUUUAUGGGUACUGGAGGUAGUUCCAUAUUAAUCAACAGUUCAGUUCUUCCUCAUUUGUCUCAAGUUCUUAGAAAAGAUCCAACCUUUGAAAAUGGAAGAUUAUUUAAGAAUGAAGAUGGAAGUAUUCGACCAUUACCACAUGAUGUAAUGAUUCAAUCUUGUUUAUUGGGUGAAUUUGAAGAUUGUCGAGAGAAUCCAGUGCUUCGAAACUGUAAAUCCAUCGUUUCUGAUCGCCUCUUUUUUAGACAUGCAGGAGAAAAAGCUCCAACAGAUAAGUUUUUGUCACACAAAGGAAAUAAGUGGCAAUGUGGAUGGAGAAAUCCAUUGACUUCUUCACCUAGCUUACCACCCGUGGUGUUGUAUCAGUUUUUGCAAUAA